AUGUCUUUCGAUCCGAACAAUUUAGAGAUAAAUUUGCGAGCUGAUCUAGGUAUAAACCAACCACAAACGGAAAGUAUGACUACUAGACCACCAACGGAACCCCCAAUAACUUUACAACCACAACAGCAACAACCUAUUAAACAAGAGAUGACGCCGAAACCAACUAUACCGGGAACAACACAGACAACAUUUAAUAAUAACAAGAGUAAUAAUAAUGGUGCACCAUCGAAACCACCUUCAAAUGAAUUUGUACGUAAACUUUAUAAUAUCCUGGAGAGUAAUCUAUAUCCAGAUAUUGUUCGCUGGACUGAUAACGGUGAUUCGUUUGUUGUACUCGAUACAGGGAAGUUCACUACACAGAUUUUACCGAAUCAUUUCAAACAUUCAAAUUUUGCCAGUUUUGUGAGACAAUUAAACAAAUACGAUUUCCACAAGAUUAAGAAGAAACCUAACGAGGAACAAAGAUCUCAGACUGGUGAAUUGAGCUGGGAAUUUAAACAUCCAUUCUUUAAGAUACACGAUGUUGCUGGACUUGACCGUAUUAAAAGGAAAUUAUCGAAUGCAAAAAGAGCAGCCGCUGCAGCUGCUGCGGGGAUAAAUAAUGGUACCCCAUUACCUAUAAACGCUGUCUCUCCAGGUGGCACACCCAUCGGAAAUGGUACAUCUGCAUCAAAUAUAAACAUUCAUCGUAAUGGACGUCAUGGUCAUGUAUCUCAUGGUCAUACAAGACAUGAAAUUUUAAAUGCUGGUUUAAGCCAGUUGGGGAUCACGAAGGAACAGUUUUUAAGUCAUACAGUUUCAAGGGAAACUUAUACCACACUAAGGAAACGUGUUGAAAAUCUGGAAAAACAAUUAGAAAUAUCUAAGAACGAAAUAUUCAUAGGGAAAGUAGAAAACCAAAAAUUAAAUUCUAAAUAUAAUACUGUGGUAGAAAGUUUAAUUACUUUCAAGACUGUAAAUGAAAAUCUAAUCAAUAAUUUUAAUAUAUUAUGUUCGGUAUUAUCCCAAAACGGUAUCAAGGUACCGGAGGGCCUAUACGAACAAACAAAUAUUACACCCAAUGAUGGAAAAUCUAUUUCAGAUAAUAAUAAUAACAUAAUAAAAAGUGAGAUUCAAUUGUUAGAGACACCCAACGGGAUAACGAGUCCCGAUCAAAACAGAAUGCUUUCAUUUAAUAUGUUGGCCAACACAAAUAACUUACUGAAUAACCAAAUGGAUGGUCUUGUCGGAACACCAUUAAUGAAGGAAACAAGAAAGGAUAUACAAAAUACCGUGUUAAGAAAAGGGUUCCAUGUAUUGUUAGUCGAGGAUGAUACGAUAUCUAUUCAAUUAUGUUCUAAAUUUUUACGCAAAUAUGGAUGCACUGUUGAAGUAGUGACUGAUGGUCUUUCUGCAAUUUCAACCCUAGAAAAGACUAGAUUUGAUCUUGUCUUAAUGGAUAUUGUUAUGCCAAACUUAGAUGGUGCUACAGCUACAUCAAUCAUCAGAAACUUUGAUAAUCAAACACCUAUUAUCGCUAUGACUGGGAAUAUUGAUGACCAAGAUUUAAUUACAUAUUUACAACAUGGCAUGAAUGAUAUUUUAGCUAAACCGUUCACUAGGGAUGAUUUGCAUACAAUGCUGGUACGAUACCUAAAAAAUAGAGAACCUUUGAGUGAACAACAACGGAUGCAAUCUCAACCAGCACAAUCGCUCCCACAGCAACCACAACAACUAUCUCAAAAUGUGACCCCAGGGAGCAACAACACACAAUCACCUAUGAAUCAAUCACAAAUCGGUCAGAUGAAUAUACAGCCACCCCAACAAAAUGUUCAAACAGGUGGAUCAGGUCGUCAUACACAGGGCUUAGUUCAUGAUAACAAUCCUAGUUUACCGACACUGAACAUGGAUGACAACUUAGGGGUACCCAUGACUCAAACGCCACAUGCAUUACUGGCGGACACUAAUUUUUUAGAAGAUGAGCACAUAGAUAAGAAACCGCAUUUAUAA